CUCUCUCUCUCAUUUUCUCCAUUUGAAAAUAUUGAAUACUUACUUUUCUAUGUGAUCAUCUUCUUGCCAUUAAAACAGUACUCCUCAAGUUUUUUUGGUCAGAUUUCAAAGGAUACACAUGGGACUAAAAGAUCUCCGCCUUAAGCUUAAGGCAUUUAGGCUGAGACGCUUUCGGGUAGGAGAUGGUGGGAGCAAGAAAAGGGAGAACGGGAUUAAAAAGAAGCCUUCUUGGAUGAUGCCAAUCUCUCAUGGCUAUCAUGUUGUGGAUCAUAAGUCACUCCGAGGCAGUUCGGAUGAUUCGGACUUUGAUUCGGUUGUGGUACAGAGAGAGCAAAUUGAGGAGCUUGAGUUGUGGUUCUUUGGAGUUUUUGAUGCUCGGAUUGGGGAUGGAAUUACCAAGUACAUACAAUCUCAUUUCUUUGAUAAGAAGCCUAAAGAGUCUCAAAUACAUAGAAAGAGCAAAGAGACAAUGAGAAGAGCAUAUCUUGGCGCAAGAGCAAAGGUCAGAGAGGCACAGAAAGAAGAUGAGACACUGCGAGCUGGCUCAGCGUCUGUGAUGCUAAUCAAUGGAGAAAAGCUUGUAACAGCCAACCUGGGUGGCUACCGAGCUGUUAUAUGUAGAGAUGGUGUGGCUCAUCAGCUGAGUAGCAAGCGCCAUUCUGGAGCCAGAAGACAUUGGACUCGCAGACUAUUUCCAGUACGCAUGCUAGUAUGCGACUCAACUAAUGCAGCAGCGAUAAGGCACGGUAAAAGCUCAGAACUUCUUGUUGGGGCUGAAAAGGUCGAUGCUGAGACUGAAUUCAUCAUCAUAGCAAGCAAUGGAAUAUGGGAGGUGAUGAAAAAUCAAGAAGCAGUGAAUCUCAUCAGGCAUCUUGGGGAUCCACAAGAAGCUGCUGAGUGCCUAACAAAGGAGGCUUUAUCAAGAAUGAGCAAGAACAGUAUAUCUUGCGUCGUCAUCCGUUUUGAUUAGUGGUAUUGUGUUUUUAUCUUGAGUUUGCCAUAUGUUUAUGUAUCAAUGAACCCUUGAAUUGCAAGUGAGGCGUUUUUUUUUUUUUUUGUUGUGUUGAUCUUGCAUGGUUAUAAAAUGGAAAUGGCAACAA